GCGGUAGUCUGCAGUAGUCGCUUCGUAGCUCUCGUAGCACGUCUACGUCGCUCGCUACGGUCCGCUUUUCACUCUCGCUCCCAUUUUCGAGGAAAAACUUGAAUAAUUGAUCGCCGAUGAAUUUGUAAACGCAACUGAUUGAAAUUUGGUGAUUCGUAUUAUUAAUAUCCACGGGGUUUUAGCUGAUUGUGCUUGGAUAUUCUCUUCAACAGAUCUCAUGUUCGAACAUGAAAACUUCGAGGGCACCUGAAAAAGUUUCGAUCACAAAAUGCAGGAUGAAGAUACCGAGAAAUAAAAUGUAAACAUUUCGGUAACGGUCAGAGAUGGGUCGACAAUUUGUGUACGUGCUGGCCUCAGCACUGGCACUGCAAAUAAUUGGUGCGUCGACGUUGAUGUGUCCAAGUGACCCUAACUGCGUUUGCGGCGGCACGCUCGCUGUCGAACUCAAUUGCAACAUCGACGGACGAAUUUUCAAGAUAAAUCUACUACCAAACACAUACAUAAACAUAAAAUGCGAGAACACCACAAGUCUCGACUAUAGUAGACUACCAAAAUGUGCCAAUGUUUCAAAUUUAUUUAAAUCAGUCAGCUUCAAAGACUGCCCUAUACCAUUAUCAUCUUUCAAAGAUGUCCUCACAACCAUGGGAGUAUCUAAAACUAUGGCAUUGAUUUUUCAAAACGCCAAGAACUUGUCUGGCUACUUUGAUAGAAAACACUUUGCCGGACUCCAAGAUUUAACCAAACUACUUCUGUCAAUAAAUGGUGUAACACACUUACCAGACAACUUAUUUGCAGACAUAAAUAAGUUGACUUGGCUUAACAUAAGAUCAAACAGUAUCAAUCUCACAGAACAACUGUUCAAGCCACUAGAAAGAUUAGAGACUUUAGAGAUUAGUCACAAUCACAUGACCAAUAUAUCUUCGAACUUAUUUUCCCAUUUAUCAUUCUUAAGAAAGCUUUCGUUGUGGCAGAGCAACGUUACCUGGUUCUCCAAAGACUUUUUCACGGGAGUCGACGUGCUCGAAGAAUUAGAUUUAAGCUCUAAUGGACUUAACGAACUUCCUGGGUCGAUAUUCAAACCGCUCAGGAAAUUAAAGAAAUUAACAUUAUUCUCAAAUAAGUUCUCGUCGCUGCCACAGAGUUUGUUUAAGACUAACGAUGAGUUGGAAACAGUCGUUAUCCUUAACAACGAUGUCAAAUUACAAGAACUCCCGAAGUAUCUGUUCGGGAACCUGCCGAACUUGAAGUUGAUUUAUAUUCAAAGGUGUGGACUCGAAAGGGUUCCGUACGACGUUUUCGCUGACUCGCCUUCAGUAACGAACAUAUCACUAGCGUACAAUGAUAUCAAGUCCUUGCCAGAAUCAGUAUUCAAUGACCAAAUUAACUUGCUGGAAUUGGAUUUGAGCCACAAUAAAUUGGAUAAAUUGGAAUCGAAACUGUUUUCUUCGUUGGUUAGAUUGGAAAAGCUUGAUUUGCGACACAAUUCCUUGGUCGAAAUUAGCGGCGCGACGUUUUCCUCGUUGCUCAGCCUUAUCUACCUAAACAUGGAGAACAACAGUUUGAAAGUAAUAUCUUCGUAUUUGUUCAGCAACAAUAAACAGAAGAUGUCUAUAUCGUUGGCGUACAAUAAACUCGAUUUUGAACACAAAGAAUUGAUAAACAAUUCGUGGGUCGUGAAUAAGGCGUCCCCUUUUGCGCAUACUUACAAUUUGAGAUUGCUAAACUUGAGUCAUAACGAGUUCAGAACGGUAUUCGACGAUUGGUGGAUAAACGGACAUGAUCAUUUGGAUAUCAGUUAUAAUUAUAUCAAGAAUCUAUGGGAUGGAGAUCACCCACUGGAUGAAGUAGCAGAUUCAAAACGAAGCUACCAAGACUUCUUUAAAAAGCCACUUAAAGAAGUUUGGAUUUCCCACAAUCCAUUGAGUUGUGAAUGCCAGAACUUUUACUUUCUCGACUUCUUAGAUGAACAUACCAAGACAAAGGUUAUCGACAUUCACUACUUCAAGUGCCACAUUUGGUCUAGAGAAACGUGCUACACACGUUUUACCAUAUUCAUUUCAAUCAUAACAGUAAUAGUGUCAUUGUAUAUUAUAGUGUUAAUACUCUUCAUAACGUAUAGGAAACAAGUUAACUCGUUGAUAAAGAAAAAACUCUCUGAAAGAAAACACAAAAAGAAUACAGCAGUUACCAGUGGAAGGCGGAGGGAAAUUGUCGUUAGAUUUUGCGAGAGCGACGAAGAAUUCGUCCUGAAAGAGAUUUUACCCGAACUAAAAGGCCAUAAGGGAGUAGAAGUACAGAUAAAUCCGAUCAACAAUCUUAAGAACAACCAAUUUAUAGACAGUUUGAAGAUGUGUGUCAAGGAACACAAACACACAACACUCGUCGUGUUUUCCCCGAACUACUUAACGUCAACUUACAGUCACGUGGAUAUAAAGAAAAUUCACGGUGAAAUGUUAAAGGCGGAAAAUACAGUUUACGUUUUCGCCGACGUUGGCCCCGAAAACUCGAUAUACGCGUUCCUGAAGGAGCAAAGAGAUGAGCGGACUUCGGUAGUGUGGAGCGAGGCAGAUUUUUGGAAAAAGUUCUUGCGUGUGGUGUCUGGUGACAUGAAAAAAGACGAGUUACGAAUGAAGUCCAAGUACGCGAAAGCCAAAGCUAAAUUGCCGUCGAACAUUUCGUUCUCGAGACUGCCCGACUGGUCGAGCCUCAACAACGUAAACACGUUCACCCACAGUCACGUGUAGGCUCUCUGUAAUUUAGCGAGGUAAAGACUGACUUCUCCGGUAUAGACGAGGCCCAUAUUAUCAGUUCCAAUAUCAAUCGGUAUCUUUGUAAUUAAUGGACAGUUUUUGUAUUCAUAACAAUAUUAUGUUAUUAGGUAGACGAAACAAAACUAUUACGAUAAGUGUUCGGUAAAAAUACUUAUUGUGAAAUUUUUACGAAAUAUUUUGAUGAUGUAAAAAUUUAGUGUGUAAGGUAUAUUUUAUUAUUUGUAAACUGUAACUUGUAGGUUAACAUUAAGUUUCUUGUUUCGUGGAUAUCUUACGUUGAUGCGGACUUCAAAGAAGUAUAUGUUAACAUCUGUCAUUGCGAAUGUAAUAGUUAAUGUAAUCAAGUUUUGGUUAAUAAGUGUACAUACGAGUAUUAAAAUAAAACACAAACAUUUAAGUUUCAUGGAAACUGUAUGUUGUUAAGAGUUGUAAACUGCA